AAAUCGCGGACAUGCGCAUUUCAGGUAUUGUUAGUCAUAUGGUUAUGGACGACGAUGGACAUUCCUUUUAGUGUUACAAUAGGCAAAACAUGGGGGUUCAUAUCCAAACAUAUCGCUGUAGAAUUGGAUCAUUCUGUAUCAAGAAUAGUUCCAGAAGUUCUUACGGCUGGACAGGGUGCAAACAUGACGAGGGAAAUAGUAGCAAUUGUAAACCACUACUGAUGUUACCGUUUUUAUUGGUGACCUUUCAAAUUGCAAUGUUUAAAUUGUCGAGUGGUCUUACAAACACUUUGCCAAAAGAUGUUGCAGAUGAACAUAUCAAAGAGUUGUUUUCAAACAUGCAGACCACACAACGCUUAUUAGUUCAAGUUUAUGUGACACAAAAUGUUGUAAAAAGCUUAAAUGAGACGGCAUUUGCGUCGGAAUCUUCAAACGUGUUACUGCUUAGAGUCAUACGAAAACACUUAGCGAUUUCUGGCGUUGAACCAAAUCCAGGGCCUAGAAGUUCAAGUUCCGAAGAAAACGAGCAGCAAACAAACAACGCGACGGAUUCAACACAGCCAAACAGUGGCGAUGACUACAAUGUUGACGCACAUGCAGACCAAUCACGCGGUAACACCGUCAUACAUUGUUCUGCAAGGUACGAGGACUACCGAACAUUACGAUCGCGUGUAAACACCUUUCGGAAUUGGCCAUCCAACCUACAUCAGAUGCCAGAAGAAAUGGCAGAGGCAGGGUGGUGUUACAAGGGUGAAUCCGAUGUUUGUUUUUGCUAUUCCUGUGGUAAGAGAUUGAUGGAUUGGCAACCAGAAGACAAUCCAUGGAUCGAACACUGUAAAUUCAGUAAACACUGUCCGCAUUUACGGGAAAUCAAAGGCUAUGCAUUUAUAAACCAUGUCCGCCAAAGGACAGAUAACCCUGCUGCUAUUACUGCGACGAACCAGGUUCCGUGUUAUGAUACGACUGUUGAAGGGCCUACAACACACACACGGUCCGUGGAAGAGAGUCAAAGCAUGCAACCAGAAAACGAGCCUAACAUACAACUGACUCACAACAUUCCGCCUUCUUUUGACGCUCAGGAGACCAACCUUAUCCAACAGUUAACCAAUCAUACCGACAUCGUGCGUGCUUUACAUGAGGAUGAAAAUGAAACUGAUGUGCUGCUUGACGCAAAUGUUCAGGACGUUCUAGAAGAUCCUAACCUCCAACAAGAUCCUAACUCUCGUGUGAGAGUUUCAAACGGAAACUGGAGCGUUUUUACUUGUCAUUUAUGCCAAAUAAACCUAUCGAACGCGCUGUUUCUACCAUGUAGACAUCUCAUGUACUGCAUAGACUGCACACGCCACUGUGAUUGGUGUCCCAAUUGUAAUACGCCGAUUGUGGAACGGAUUGAGACAUAUAUGGCAUGAAAAAGUUUGAAAAUGAUCACUCUCACAUAAAUUAGGCGUAUUAGUACAAACGGUUUAAUAUGAGUUGAUUAUUGUAAACAAACUAAAUGCGUGUUUGAAAUGGCAUACACGUGCGAUAGGAAUCAGGAUGGAAAGUACCCUUCCUUUGUUAUAAGUUCUAUGUAUUAGCAAAGCCAGAUAUUUUUAAUAAUAUUUACUUAUUCCCGAGUUAACGAUCCGAAAAAGGUGUCCAACAAUUGCUUAAUUGAUUGCCUUUUUGCGAAUAAGGUUAACGAUUUUGCAGUCACAUAAACAACCAAGCUAUGUAAUUUUAAUCUGUUACACCAAUUGUUGCUGCUUCUUCCUAUAUUUGCGCGAUGAUGAUCUGAAUUAUAAACUUUAUGAUGCUAUAUUCUUAAAUCUUUUUCUAAAAAGAAGAGAUGUAGUUGACACUUGUUUGUAGUUUCAUUUCAUAAUUCCUCAAAAAGUUGGAACUAUGUUGCUCUGGUCUCUUCCCUACCAUUGAGUAAUUAAAUGGUAAUUAAAUUGAAUGCGUUUUAAUUCCCUUUUAUUAAUGUUUAAUUUGAGUUGCAAUGCUAUGAGGUUAAAUUUUAUUUACACUAAUAUGUAUCACGAAUAUUGCUGGGCCUAAUGGAGGUUGAGCGCUCUAAAACCGGUUUAAACCCCCAAUAUUUUAAAUUGACCGUUCCAAGGCGGUGACUCCAGCUUUAUUCUUAUAUGUGUUAAUAUUGUUUUAUAUUGUGCUGUUUUGGCAAUUGGUCACUUGCCUUUAAUAACGCACCAGCUAAUUGUAUAUAAUGAGAAUGCAAUACUGCUCCAGCAGCUGGAGUUUCACUUCUUUAUAUCCAAUUAAUAAUUGUAUUGACGAAAUACGGUUAAUGUAUACUAACAAAAUAGUCCUCCGAAAGUGAACCUGUUUUAAGAAAACUUAUUGCGAUUGCCCAUGCCGAAUUUACAGUUGGAUCAACUUAUCUGUUUGUGCCCAUUUGAUGUAUAUUUACACAUUAAACUAUCCAUAAAUUUCUUCUAUCUGUUUAAAAGGGGCCUUUUCACGUUUUGGUAAUUUGACAAAAUUAAAAAUAGGUUGUUUCAGAAUCGCUUAUUUUCGUUUUAGUUAUGAUAUUUUUGAGGAAAUAGCAAUACUGAACAUUUACCAUUCUCUAAAAUAUCCUUUAUAUGCAUCUUUUAAUGAUUUGAAAACCGGAAAAUUAUAAAGCGUUGCAACGUGAAACGAUUGAAUAAUUUGGAAAGUUCUGUUGCUGUCGUUAUUUUUUUGGAAACUACGAGGAUUACUCAUAUGAGUAAAGAAUACAUCCGCUCAUAGCAUGAGAACAGAUGGUCGAGAGGUCUAAUCGGGAGACACCUUUUAACUCCAGGACUACAGGGAUAAGUUGUUCGAGCCCAGAUGAGGGUUCUUUUUUUCCUUUUUUAAAAUGUUUUUUUUUUACUGGAGCUUUUUAGGUCCAACGUUUAAAUUUAUCAAUAUAAAGCAUUUAAUGACAAGCUUCAAUACCUGCGCAAAUAUGUGAAAAGGCCCCUUUAACCGUUUGCAUUAUAUUGCAUACAAAUAUUUUAUUGCUGAUGGUUUUGUUUUGCUGUGUGGAUGCAAUGUACGAAUAUUUCAUAUGCAAUCAACAUUUUAUGUUUGAACCUAAAUUGCAGUUUAUUACAUUGUUAAUAUUCAUUGUUAGACAAUGAAAUUGGCGAUUUAUAUUACUAAAUUCCUCUUUUCUACAAAGUAUUUUGUGUUAUUUUGCUUUCGCCCAAUUAGAUUUUGCGGGACGAGUAAAUGUAUUUAUUAAGUUGAGUACUUAAUGUAUCGACAAUAUGUACACUUCUCUAUACAGUUAAUAUGCAUACACUACUGUUAAUUAUUUUUUAUAUUAUGUUUUAUUCAUAAUAUUUAAUAUCCUCGCCUACUCGAAAAACUUAAGUGCUGUUAUCAUUAUGUAUAAAUGUCUAUAACAGUUUGUUAUCAUACUGCAUGUUCUCAAGUGUGCCCACAUGGAUCAUUGGCCUUCUGGGUAUGCUGUAAGUAAAUCUUAAAUCCGAAAAACUAUAAGAUGAAUGAACUGUACUUAAAUAAAAUACAUUACCAUUCAAGA